AUGAAUAUAUUGGUUUUCGUCAUCGGCGAUGAAGGGGUUUGUAAAUCAUCAUUGGUAACGAAGUUUGCGAAUGAUAAUGACCCAAGAGCUACGUAUGACAGGAAUCCUAGGGGGCAUAAGAUAGAAAUUGACAUUGAUGGUCGAAGAUGGAUGUUUAAGAUCUCUCUAGUCCUUAAAAUUCUUCUCAAGAUUAAUACUCAUCGUCUCAGCCUAGUUCAAACGCCUGAAGGGGUUGGUAAAUCAUCAUUGGUAACGAAAUUUGCCGAGGAUAAUGGCCCAAUGGCUGCAUAUGACAUGAAUUCUAGAAAGAGAGAGAGGGGUAUGGUCUUUAGUUGGGGGUAUAGGGGUAAUAACACAAGGGUAAAAAACUUCAAAAGUUAA